CUGCCAAUCCCUCCACUGGCCUCCACUCAGUGUCCUCCACCCCCCUCUGCCAAUCCCUCCACUGGCCUCCACUCAGUGUCCUCCACCCCCCUCUGCCAAUCCCUCCACUGGCCUCCACUCAGUGUUCUCCACCCCUCUCUGCCAAUCCCUCCACUGACCUCCAUUCAGUGUCCUCCACCCCUCUCUGCAAUCCCUCCACUGGCCUCCACUCAGUGUCCUCCACCCCUCUCUGCCAAUCCCUCCACUGGCCUCAACUCAUGUCCUUCACCCCUCUCUGCCAAUCCCUCCACUGGCCUCCAUUCAGUGUCCUCCACCCCUCUCUGCCAAUCCCUCCACUGGCCUCCAUUC